AUGCAGCUGUCUUCCAGGGCGAGAUCCAGGUCCUGGGGAGCCGGGCUGUGGACCACUACUCCUCCGCCUCUGCUGUCUCCCAGGCAGAUGAAGCCUCGGCACGAGCGCAGCAGGUCCACCACCACCACCUCCACGUACGCGCCACUCGUCUCCCAGCAGCAAGGCCAGGCCGGUGGCGACGGUGACGGCAGCGUGACGGAGCAGGAGGUGGCGGCGGGCGUGGCGCAGCCGGAGGAGGGCGUCGGGCCGACGACGACCACGGAGAUGGAGGAGUCGCCGCGGGUGAGCGACGGCGGCGCCGCGGAUAAGGAGCGUGUGAUGCGGCUCCUGGAGCGGGAGGCGGCGUCGGCCAAGCAGCGGGAGAUGAUGAAGAUGCUGGAGUCGCUGGUCCAGCAGACCAAGGAGCUGGAGCAGGCCAAGAUCGCGCUCGAGGAGGCCAGGCUCGAGGUCGCCGCGCUACGGCAUCAACAACAGCAGGGCGAGGCCGCCGCCACCGGGCCGGCCGCGCAGGCGCAGACACAGACACAGCAGCAGUGGAGCGUCAUGGACCUCAUGUUCGGCGGCGUGGACGAGGAGAUCAACGGUCUUCGUGCCAGGCUCCGCGCGUCGGCGCAGGCCGAGGAGCGGAGCCGGAAGGCGGCGGACGAGCUCACCGCGGCGCUGUCCGCGGUCAGCAUGGAGGCGAAGCAGGUCAAAGCGUGGCUAUGUGACGCGCGGGACGAGCUGGAGGCGGCCCACGCCGAGCGCGACCGGCUCCGGGGCCUCCUCCAGGGCGCCGAGGCGGAGCUGUGGUCGGCGACCGAGCGCGUCGACGCGCUCACCGCCGACUGGAAGGACGCCGCGGCCGGGUGGCGCGCCAGGGAGAAGGCGCUGCUGGCGCGCGCGCGUGGCGCGGAGGAGGAGGCCGCCGCCGCGCGGGCGGAGAGCGCCGCCGAGAUCGACACGGCGCGCCGGGUGCUCGCCGACGACAACGCCGCGCUGCGCCGCGCGCUGGAGCAAGUGGUCGAGGAGGUUAACGCGGCCGCCGAGGCGCUCGAGGCCGCGACCGGCGACAACGUCGGACUGUAG